AUGACCUCCGAAAAGAAAUCAUCGACUACUACAACAAUCCCAAUGCCGAAUCCCAAACCACGGUUGUCCGCAAUGACCGUCAAUUACAAUCAGGAAGUGUCUUCUGUCAAUUCGUUCACGUUCGUGAAGUUGUUAAUGACAUGGCGCGGUUCGAUUUGGAAAUCCGUUCGAUGGGAGCUGACAAUGUGGAUUCUUGCAUUUGCAGUUGUACAGUGCUUCUAUCGGUAUUUGAUGACAGAGAAUCAGCAAAGAUUUUUCGAAUACGCUGCUAUCCAUCUGAACGUCCGUCUUGUCCAUAUUCCUCUCACGUUCAUGCUCGGAUUCUUUGUUACAAUUGUGGUCGAUAGAUGGAGAUCAGUCUUUACAAAUAUUGGAUUUAUUGAGAACGUUGCUCUAUCCGUCGGCACCCUGGUCGCUGGCACUGACCAUGCUGCAAAAGUGCUCCGCCGCACUAUCAUCCGCUACCUAGUCCUCUCUCAAGUCUUGGUUCUCCGUGAUAUCUCAAUGAGAGUCAGAAGAAGAUUCCCUUCCAUGGAAUCGUUAGUCACUGAGGGAUUCUUGUAUAGAGAUGAGCUGGAAAAGAUGUAUAAAUGCGAGACAAUGUAUAAUAAGUACUGGUUGCCGACUCAUUGGGCGAACCAGCUGGUUCAUAAAGCAAUGUUUGAAACGAAGAAUGUCGACUCCGUGCAGAGUAUGAACUCGGUGUUGAUGAACAUAAAAGACUUCCGUCAAUCUAUGGAAAUGUUGACAAAAUACGAUUGGGUACCUAUUCCAAUUGCUUAUCCACAGGUCGUCUUCCUGGCAGUCCGUGUCUACUUCAUAAUCUGUCUGAUUUCUCGUCAAUAUCUUCUAUCUGCUCCACCAACUGAGGCUCAAUCAAUCGUUCCAAUCAUGACAAUUCUACAAUUUGUGUUUUUCGUCGGGUGGAUGAAGGUCGCCGAAGCUCUCCUCAACCCACUUGGUGAAGAUGACGAUGACUUUGAGUGUAACUGGCUUAUCGACAGAAAUAUGUCAACUGGAAUCGAGAUUGUCGACACGUGUCAUGACUCGUGUCCACCUUUGAAAUUAGAGGAACCGGAUGAUGAGAAAGGAACGAUGUACUGGUGCCAUCCAACAAAGAAUGGGUCCCAAGCGCCACCCACUGCAGUUGCAAUCUCUCAACACAAGAAUCCAUUCGCGAAAGUUUUGAAUAUGGUACACCCUACGACGCCUGAAUCGUCGCCUCCUUCCUAUCGUUUGAAUGUUCCGAAACAAUAA